UUGAAAAGAAAAGUGGGAGUUUUAAGAUUUUUGCACAAUUUCCUGAAUUUUGUGAUAACGAUAAAAGUGAUAAGAGCGAAUUAGGAAUUAUUUGCAUCUCCCACCAUCAUUCCCUCUGGAAAAGCGGCCGGAAAGUGUACGAAACUUGGAAAAACGGCUGCGCGAGAGAUCCCCAAAAAGACCGGCCUGAAACCACGAAAAAGAUUUAGAAACGCUAUUUUCCACUCUAAAAUUCACCGACCAUGGCCACUGAAGUGGCUGUAUCGACCUGCACCGAUUACAAGGACCUGUUGGACGAAAGUUCGCGCAACAAAACGAGCGUCAAGUGCGACCGAUGCGGUUCGCUUAUGCUGAGACCGGCAAACGCAGAUUUCGCUGAUGUUGAAUACGAUCUACCAGAGGCACGGCAGAAGAGACCAACAGCACAAGCAGCAGCAGAAGAGACGGCGGAGAGCGAGGGUUUCACGUGCCAAAAGCUAAAACACUUCUGGAUGGUCAAGGAUAUGUACACGUUCGAGAAUAUCGGUUUCAGCAACACGGUGAACAACAAAAAGUACCUCAUAUGCGCCGACUGCGAGGUGGGCCCCGUGGGUUACUACGAUUUGGAUACGAAGCAGUGCUACAUUGCGCUGGAUCGGGUGAAACAUGAGUAGAGACGACGAACAACGACGAAUACGAAUACGACGAAUGAUACUACUUCUGCUCUUAGCCUACUCGGAGUUGAUUAAUAAAUGAAAUGCACCGGAAAUGCUUGUUCUUUCGUUAACCUGUUCCACAGCAUCAUCCACAUACACCAGCUUGAGGUU